CUUCCUUAUCUUCCCCAUCAACCCAUCUGCCCUGUCCUUCCUCAUCCCCCCCAUCUGCCCUGUCCUUCCUCAUCCCCCCCAUCUGCCCUGUCCUUCCUCAUCCCCCCCAUCUGCCCUGUCCUUCCUCAUCUCCCCCAUCUGCCCUCUCCUUCCUCAUUUUCCUUACACAGGUGGAUCUAGACACACUGGAAUGCCGAGUGCUCUCAGUUGCCUGCCCUCCCUUCCCCUCCUCACCAUCACACUCCUCAUAG